AUGCAGACGAUCGUGGCGACAUCACGGCCGGUGCCCUGCCCCGCCGCCGCUGCGCCCCGCCCGCGGGGCCCCGCGCUCCGCGCCGCAGCGCGCCCCUCGGUCCGCACUCGCUCGCUGGUCAGCGAUGUGGGCAAGUACUUGAGCGAGGCAGCCAGCCAGAUUUUCCACCCGCAGGCCGACAAUGUGCCCUGGGAGUCUUCCAGCCAGAGCUUCACCGGCAAGAUCGUGCAUCAUGAGGAGACGGCGCGGCUGCAGGCACUGAAGCAGGCGGAGGCUGGCGUGGACCAGUUUGUGAUGACCUCCAUCCAGCGCGUGUUUGGAAACAACUUCAAGGGAGACGACACAGAGCCCAAGGCCUGGGUCAGCUCGGGGUACGCUGCUCGGGGCCGCAACCGCAGCCAGCGUGCUCUCAAGCAUGAGUACGAGCGCCUGCAGCGCUUCCAGCGGGUGGUGAACCGGGUGGUGGACGAGGCUGCCAAGGCGCCGGUGCGCGCCAACAAGACCGACCUGUGA